AUGGCCACCACAACAACCACCUCAUUAGUCGCGGAAAUCUCAGUCCAGCCUUCACCCUUCCCAGCCAAAAGCAAAACCACCUCAGGCCUCGUAUCAGGCCGUCAAACAACCAUCACGAGCAUAAAUUUCACCGACAAACUCCUAAUCACAAUCUCCCAAGCCGGUCGCCUCAGCCACUGGGUCCACGUCCCCCUCGCCACCGCCUCAGCAGAUCAAAUCGCACCUAGCUCUGGGAAUAAUACCUCUGGUCUCGGGUCUGUUGAUUCGGAAAGUACGCUCUUGCCCCGGAGUGAUUUAACGGCUACUACUGUUCUUGGUGGGACGAAGCGGGAAGAGGAAGUUGUGGGGCAGACGCUUGGGACGGUUAUCGGGAGUGCGGUUUUGAUGAAACGGGCGGGGGAGCAGAGAUUGUUGGUUCUGGGGUUGGGGUUGAUGGAUGCGGUGGGGCUUGGGAGGGAGGAGUUUGAGGAGGUCGUUGGGCUGGUAUUGGAUGUGCUUUGA